AAUCAUGGCUCGUCCCAGGAUUCAGAUGUGGACAUGGACGCUGUGCGCCUUGUGGGUGUGUGUGAGCCAAGCGCUGACUGGACCGCAAUACAUGGUGACGUUUCCUGCAGUUCUUGAGGCUGAAUCUGAGACCAAACUGUGUGCAAGCCUCAUGCAGCCCAAUGAGACUCUGCACAUGACCGUCACUUUGAUGUCCAAUCAUCUGAACAAGACUCUACUCCAGCGGACAGCCAAAGAAGACUUUCAUGAUUGCGUUCACUUUAUGACUCCUGCAGUGGCCAAUGAAGAGCUGCAGAAUGUGGAGGUGAAGGUACAAGGCAACACAUUUUACUCAAGAGAAUCCAAGAAAGUCCUGAUCAAGGCCCAUAGACCAAUGUCGUUUGUCCAAACGGAUAAACCAAUUUACCUUCCAGGACAAAAAGGUAAACAUGAUCCUAACAACAACAGGGUUGGACAGUGGCUCAAUGAAACAUCUAAUGGUAAAGUACUGGUGCGUGCUUACCACUUAAACUCUGAGGCCCGUGAAGGUACCUACAAAGUCAUUGUGUCCAUUGGUGAAGAUAAAAUAGAGCACUCGUUCACAGUGGAGAAGUAUGUUUUGCCUAAAUUUGAAGCAACAUUAAAUGUAAGUGAGGAAGUGAGUAUUGGGAGCCAAGAAAUCUCUGCUACAGUAUGUGCAAAGUACACAUAUGGACAGCCUGUGCCAGGAUCUGCUACAGUUAAGAUGUGCCGACCUCUUUAUCGCUAUCUUUAUGGUUCUGACCUCGAGGAUGAAGAAUUAACUCCCCCCUGCACCACAGAGAUAAAGCAGAUAUUUGGCUUGUUGCCUGUCAAGAAGGCAACCUAUAUCCCGUAUCAGGUUGAAGAUUCCACAGAAUGCCUGCAUGUGAGACCAAAAAGAUCCAUCAUGCCUUAUCCUGGUCGGGACAUAGACGAUGCUCACACAGUUCUCAAGAAUGUGGGACUGAAGAUGGCAACAAACUUGUUGAUCCAAAUACCUACAUGCCUCCAGUACAGAGGAAGAGAAUACCAUCAUAACCAAUAUGGUAUUCAUUACAGGUACAAUACUUAUCCAAUGGCUGGAAUGGACACAGUGCGUCUUGCGAUGGCUCCUGCUGGUCCUGCUGGUCCUGUUGGUAUGGGAUAUGGCAAAACUGCUUCUCAAGAUGAUCCUUCACCGAUACAGACAGUCCGCACUUUCUUUCCGGAGACUUGGAUUUGGGACCUGGUGGACGUUGGAUCAUCUGGAACAAAGAACGUGUCCCUCACCGUCCCAGACACCAUCACCACCUGGGAGACGGAGACUUUCUGUUUGUCCCAUGAGGGUUUUGGUUUGGCUCCUCGUAAAGAAGUCACCGUCUUCCAGCCCUUCUUCCUGGAUCUCACGCUGCCCUACUCCAUCGUCCGGGGGGAGGAGUUUGAACUGAAAGCAACCGUCUUCAACUACCAGUCAAGCUGCAUCAUGAUCCAAGUCACUCCAGCACUCUCCUCAGAUUACACCCUCACCCCUCUCUCUGGAAACCAAUACACAUCCUGCCUGUGUGGCAAUGAGCGCAAGACCCUCAGCUGGACCAUGAACCCCACAGCCUUAGGGGUUGUGAAUGUGACUGCUACUGCUGAGGCUGUGACAUCUGCCGUUUCUUGCAACAAUGAGGUUGUGCAGGUGCCAGACAGAGGUCGCAUCGACAAGGUCACUAAAUCUCUCAUAGUAAAGGCUGAGGGAGUUGAGAAGACGGACACGCAUAACUGGCUGCUCUGUCCCAAAGGAGCCACUUUGAAAGAAGAAACAGAGCUACAACUCCCUGCAGAUGUGAUUGAAGGAUCUGCCCGCGCUGUAGUAUCAGUCCUGGGUGACAUCCUCGGCCGGGCCUUGAAGAACCUGGAUGGUCUUCUGAGGAUGCCUUAUGGAUGUGGAGAACAGAACAUGGCGCUCCUGGCCCCCAACAUCUACAUCCUCCAGUAUCUAAAAAACACAGAGCAGCUGACUCCAGCCAUUAAAGAGAAGGCUUUCAACUUCCUGUCCAGUGGGUACCAGAGACAGCUGAACUACAAACAUCAGGAUGGGGCAUUCAGUACAUUUGGUGCAGGAACAGGAAACACUUGGCUGACUGCUUUUGUGUUGAGAUCUUUUGCCAAAGCGAAGUCCUUCAUCUACAUCGAUCCCAAAAAGAUUAAAGAGUCCAGGACGUGGCUGGAAGCAAAGCAACGAGAAAAUGGGUGUUUCCAACAGUCAGGAAAACUCUUCAACAACAGAAUGAAGGGCGGUGUGUCUGAUGAGGUGACUCUCACCGCAUACAUCACUGCUGCCUUCUUGGAGAUGAAUGUGUCUGCUAAGAAUCCUGUGGUGAAGCAGAGCCUGUCGUGCCUCAAGGAGUCCGUCAGUGACUUCAGCAACACCUACACCACAGCUCUGAUGGCGUACGUCUUCUCUCUGGCGGGAGACAUGGAGACCCGUGCUCUCCUUCUGAAUCACCUCGACACAGUUGCAAUAAAAAGAGGGGGUUUCUUCCACUGGUCCCACAAAUCAGCAGAAACAGCCUCUCUGUCUGUGGAGAUCACCUCCUAUGUGCUGAUGGCCAAACUCAGUGCCUCUCCGUCUAUCGACGAACUGGGAUAUGCCUCCAGCAUCGUGAGGUGGCUGACGAGGCAGCAGAACUAUUACGGAGGCUUCUCCUCCACUCAGGACACGGUAGUGGCUCUUCAGGCUCUGGCUCUCUAUGCCACUCUGGUGUACAGUCCUCAGGGUUCAAGCACAGUGAAAGUCCAGGCUCCGAGUGAACAGCUGACAUUUAAUGUGAAUCAGGACAACAAACUGCUCUACCAGGAGAGGAUCCUGCAGGACGUGACGGGAAAGUUCAGCCUGGAGGUGCAGGGCACUGCAUGCACUUCAGUGCAGAUUACUCAACUCUACAAUGUCCCGCCUCCUGCUACAUCCAGCGCUUUCAGUUUGGAGAUUGUUGUAGAGGUGAACUCCACCAGGGGCACCAGACCAAAGGUUACUUUGAAGUUUAAGGUCCAAUACAAUGGAAAGGAAAGCAAUACAAACAUGGUGAUCCUGGAUAUCCAAAUACUCUCUGGAUUUGUCCCAGACUCAGAGUCCUUGAGGAGGCUCAAAGGUGCUGUGCUAGUGGAUCGUGUUGAAGAAAAGGAUGGUGGCGUUCAGGUGUACCUACAAGAGUUACCACAGGCCAUACCCAUCUUCUACACCUUGGAGCUCAGACAGGAGAUCCCAGUGCAGAACCUGAAGCCUGCUGUGGUCAAGAUCUAUGACUACUACCAACCAAGUGACCAUGCCGAGACAGACUACAUCUAUCAUGCUAAAGCUUGAGGAGAGAAGUGUGAUCAGUCCUGAUGACAUCGCUGAUUCCAGUGUCAUGUAAAAACCAGCAUUUAAUGAAGUACCGUUUGUGUACAUUACGUAUCUCAGUAACACACAAACAGUGUAACAUAUUUGGUUGUUAGCAUUCUGUCACAAUCCCCAUACAUCUGUGUAAUUACUAUUGGUGUCCAAUAUACACUUCAAGCAUAAUGGAGAAUAAAUAAAGUCAUCUGAAUGUCUCCUCAAAA